AUCGCAUCUGCACGCUUGUUUUCAACUUGACUUUUCAAGAAGCCAAGCACCAAGUCAUAGUUGGUAGGUUUUUUGUUCCCGGAAAAUUUUGUGAAUGUGAAUUUGUUGAAUCGGCGCAACCUCCGCUGAAUUUGAAACAGUGCGGCCCUUCUUGAAACGGUCAUUUUUUGGGUGAUCUUAUACAUGAAUAGAGAUCGAGAGAGCGAGCCAGUUAGAAAGAAAUUUGAUUUUUAAUUAUUUUUCAACAAUUGAUGCUAAUGUAUCGUAAAGGUUUGAACCUGUACUGUUUUAGUUGAAGUUUAACGGUGCAUAAUAUCGUGGAAUGAGUCUUGUCACGUGUUUUUAGAACUACGAUUAAGAGAACUGUUUCAAAUGCAAAGUUCAAUGAUGAAAAAAAAAUAAAAAAAUAAAACGUAGCCUAAUUCUAAGUUAUUUGAACUGCUCCUAGUUGUGAGGCAUUUGUUCGAACGGUAUUUACUGGAUUUACUGGAGAAAAAAAAAAUAUUAUUUAACUUUGUUAAUGUUGAACACUUCAGGCGAACGAUAUGUGCGACUACGAGAGCAUCGCUUAAUACGCUGCUCAUGAGUCAGUUCUUAUUUCAUAAUAAUCUAAUGGCCCGAUUAUAACAAAUUGAAGCGAUUCCUAGUUAAGUAAUACAUUUGAAUAUCUGGUAAUUUAAAAAAAAAAUGUAAUUUAAUAAGGAAAAUUACUUUCUUUAAAAAUAUGGAUGAAAAUAUGUUUAAAAAAUAUGUAAUUAAAACAAUGUGGCUAUUGUCAAAAUGAGUUAUUUGGAUCAUUGAAAAUCCCUACCCCGUGCUCUGACGAUAAGCGUUACGUCACAAUGAUGUUGUUUUAACAUCUAUACAACUGCAGACCAUACCAUAACCCCCCCCCCUCCCCACGUUCUUCAACAAUGCUAUUUUGUGUAAGCGUAAACCAAAAUAUCUCUGAGUGUUACACUGUCCGCUAUGGACAGACUCGCUCGUCACGCCUCUAAAGCAAAUGUGUAUGGAAGACACUAAUUACAUGCUCCAUAUAUUUUUUUAUUGUUAAUAAUGUGAUAUGGCAUGAAUUAUAAGCACAACGGCACGUUAACAUUUAUAGGUCUUCAUUAUCUAUCAGCUAUCGGGCCUUUGUUUUCCAUCGCUAUUGUUGGAGUAUACAAGACUACAGCUUGGCUAAUGCAUGCGACAUACUGAGUAACUUGUCAAGAUCAUGAUCACAGGAAGGCCGUAUGCAUUACUGGCCAUCUGGUCAGUGCUCGUCCUGCCCACCUAUCAAACAGCGAGACAGAAACGACAAAUUCUUGCAGACCAGUGAGUUGAACAUAACAUUAUUAAUUUCUUGAAACUUGGUAACAAAAUAUUUUGAUACAUGACCUUAUUUUCUACGGUACUAUUAUUUAUAUAAAAAAAUAUAUUAUAAUAUUAUUUGUUUUUAAGUUUUAUUUUUAAAUUUAAAACUGUGUCUAUUUACGCGUCUAACUGCGCGUCUAGCUGUGCGUCUAUUUGCGCAUCUAUUUGCGCGUCUGUCACAAUACCGCAACGAUUACGCCAGUUUGCUCCGCAUACGUUCGCUGAUCUUAUUUCGUUGGACCUAUAACGUAUUAAACAAACGAAAUCAUUAACUCAAGACAAUGACAGCAAUGUUUCUUUAUAGAAUCUCAUUACAAUGAUUUUGCAUCUUAUAAAAACAGUCAUAUGAACAACAUUGGAGCUCACCUUAACAAAAUAAUCAUGAAAGUUUCGCUUUGUAGAUGUUAUAAACAUUUUUGGACAAUUUUCCAGAACUUCGUGGAACAUAAUAUCAAACAUGCUUUGAUUCUGUCCCUUACUGCUCUAGAUAAGUCUUUCAUAUUAACAAGUAGGCCCCUAUAUGGGGGACGAGUGGACAUUUAGUAUCCUAGAGAGAAAAUGCAUUGAUAUAUAUUUUACGUUUUGUAAGUUUUAGCUCGCAUAGUAAAAUUUCUAAGUAUAAACAGUGCGCCACCUUGAAAUUCUAACUUUCCUACCGUAGCUUUUCUUUAAAUUUUCCUGUUUGUUUAUUUUUUUUUUCUUUCUUUUUUUUUUUUUUUUUUUUUUUUUUUUUUUUUUUUUUUUUUUUUUUGGUUGCUUUAGCUCGUCUAAUUACAGCAUUUGGGUAUUAGAUAGGAUGGCAUUAGAUCUUUUUAAAUACGCAGGUAAUGCAAAAAAAAAAUGAAAAAAUAAAAAAGGGUUUGGAAAACUGUUACAGUUGCUAUUGCAUCGUAACAUAUUUUGUAUAUUAUGUAUACACAUUUAGAUAGGACACCGUGUUAUAAAUAACAAAUAAUGUGUAUAGUUAUCUCAUGUGCAAUUAAACAACAUGCCACCCCAACUUUAAUUAAAUGAAGGACUGCGUUCCAGCUGUGUGGAGAAAAUAGUGCAACACGGUAUGUGGAAGAUGGAAUGAUAAAGACAGGACAAUAUCAAGAAACCGUUCUCUUUUUAUUGUCUGGUCUUUGUAGUUCAAGCUUCCGCGUACCUUGUUCCACUAUUUUGUCCCAACUUUAUUUCUAUAACAAGAAGUUAACUCAUAUUUAAUUAUAUAACAAGAAGCACGAUUCGUCUUUUCAAGGCCAAGGCUGAUCACCGAGAAUGGACAUCUCAUCUUUCAAUCAGGGACCAAUCACAACAUCACGUUUAGAGGAGGCGAGAGUAGCGGAAUCUUCAUCAACACCAUCGACAUGAAAGUCGCCCUCAGACAGGUCGUUGGGAUGCAAUGAAAUAUGACGAAACACCCAUACAUCAACACAAACACCCACAUACAUACUCUCGCAGGCACACAUACUCACACACACUCAUAAAACAAAGAACUUACGCAAAAACUGAAACUCUUUUUUUGAAACGAAAAACAAGCAUAUUUUAGAGGUCAAAAUGAAAUUUGCCAUUGGUGAUCCUGAAUACCAAUAUAUUUCUCUCUUGAUGUAGCGAAAGAAAGUUCUGAAUAAUUCUAAAACUAAGACAAAUAACAAGAGUACAAGAGAUAAUGUGAAAAUUGUAGAAAUACAUUGGGAGUGGGGGGGGGGGGGGAGGGGGGAAAAGGUAAUGUUGAAGGACAUUGUUUCAUUUUAUAAAAAGACCAUAACCUACAAACUAAAUCUCCAUUUAUAUCUUUAGUAUAAGAAACAUACAUUGACAGAUAUUUCCUUUCCUACGAACUAAAUAAGUGUUUAUAUCUCCACACAUAAAGCCUUAACGUUACUUUAAACUUACAGGUUGACUUUAACAAGGCCAACAUUGGUACUCUACAAACCAAUGUUUCUUAUGUAAGUAGAUUUUUAAAACCAUAUUUCUUGGAUGUUUGCAAUCCUUUCAUAUGAUUAUUUCAUGAAGUAUUUUUUUUUUUAAAAUCGAGUUGAUAAAAUUAAGUAACACUACAUUGAUUCAAUAUUUUCCCUCUGAGUCUUUCUUGAAUGUUAUUUUAUUUAAUGGACAAUUUCUUUCUAAUCAAUACAAUAACAUGAUAACUAUGUUUGAGUAUUUGAACUAAGAAGUAUAUCUCUUGCAGAUGUCCAGUAAUUUGACUGCCCGACUGACCUCUCUGGAGACAGUGAUAAAUGGUCCUUUCAGUUACGUCCGUGACCGUAUACAAGUGUUGGAUAACAACAUAACUCAGGUGAGUACAGAGUUGGAUGAUAUCGACUAGAUUAACGCUUUUGUAGCUAAUGUCGUGAAAAAAAAACAACAAAUGGUUGAUAAUAUUUCUUGACUGACCGAGUCACGCGGAUAAAGUUUAAAUGCAGGGUUAAAAAAUAAAACCAACUUGUGAAUAGUGAGACAAGUUAUUGAGGUUAAACAGGUCAUUUACGACACUAUCACUGAAGGCAACCUUUUAAAAAAAAAAAGGAAUAAAUAGAUAAUAUAUACGUGUCUGCUUUUCAAGACCUGUAAAGGUAACGGUAGAGCGAGAUCUGUGGACGUUUGAAAUGAGGAAAACAUGAUGGUUAAAAGAACGUUGUCAGCUGGAUGACUUCACGAAAAGACAGAACAAGCAACAACAUGGAAUGAAAUAUUCAAAGACUUGUCGUGUCGGCUGCGCUCAGAUUAUGUUCGAAACGGAAGUGAAGUUGUGCACAUCCAAAACGGACGUGGUGCCAACGAGACUAUACACAAAAUAAUUUAGAUGUUGUUGAUUUGAAAUUCUAGAUUUUCAAAAAUUAACAAACCAAGAACAAUAAAAAAGAAAUAUUUUAAAAGAGUAAAGAUUGUUUAACACCCACCCCCAACCACCCACCUCGCCAAAAAAAAAAAAAAAAAAACGAAAAAAAAAAACAAAAAUAAAAAUUAACAAACCAAGAACAAAAAAAAAGAAAUAUUUUAAAAGAGUAAAGAUUGUUUAACACCCACCCCCAACCACCCACCCCCCCAAAAAAAAAAAAAAACAAACGAAAAAAACAAACAAAAAACACAAAUUGAACACAUUCCCAACGUGAUACAAGUUUCAGGGCUUGAUUUUGAGAGUGUCAAGAAAUAUGUAAAGGUUUCUAAACAGAUGUUAAUAUUGCAAUCUUUACCGAAAGACCCAAGUUUAAAUAUCCCUAAUUUUUCAUCAGGCUCCUCUACAGCCCCCCCCCCCACCCCCAAAGAAGAUUGUCAUAUUUCGCUUGAGAAACUACCGUAUCCGGAAAUUUGAUCGAAAGAAAUUUCGUCGCCGGAAAAAAAUUGAUCGACGGAAAUUUGAUCGAACGGAAAUUUGGUCGAAUCUUUUUUUCAGUUCGUUAAAAUUUUGCUUCAAUUUCUUUUUUAACGCAUUAUUUUGUUUGACUAUAUAGUAUAGUGCGCCCAAAAAGAAAUUUGACGACAAUUUCGAUCAAAUUUCCGGUAACCAUUUCGCUUGAAAAAAUAGGAUAGGUGACGUUGUAUUUGUGUGAGUGUAUGUGUCAGUAAUAUUGAAUCAUCUGUAUCCAAUUGGAAGUCCCCCCCCCCCACCAAACCCAGAGUGCAUGUGUUUACCCAGAAAAAUGUGGAGACUUUGUACCGCGCUUCGAGCCAGGGGGAUGAAGCGUGAUUUUUUAAAAAAAAAAAAACUUGAUUAUUAUUAUUAUUAGCCUUGCUUCAGAGGCGUCGCGGGAUAUGGCUGGAUUUUCAUUUAGUGCAUAGUCAUACCCCCCUACCAGAGUCUCCCAGUGUCUUAUGUCAGGAAAAAUAUUAUUCAGCUACAUGUAUUUGAAUAUCAAAAUAUGGUUCUGAUCAUCAGCAUGCAGGACCGUGAAAAAGGGGCGCCAGCAUCAGAGGGGCGUCAAACAAAUUAACUUUUAUUAAGACCAUAAUAGUCGAUAAAAUGAUAAAAUUCAAUGUACUUUACAAAGACAAGGGGAGACAACAUCGUGUUUUUUUUUUUGGUGGUCCGCAGAGGGAAAUUCUUUUUCUAUAAUAUCUGGAGGGCCUCCAUUUUCACACUUCGCACCUGGCGCCACUUUUUCUCGACACGGUCCUGUCAACACGCAUCUUUGAUUAUCACAAUGAUUCUCUGAUCACCAAAAAUGUAUCUCCGAUUAUCAACAAUGUAUCUCUGAUGAUCAACAAUGUAUCUCUGAUUAUCAACAAUGUAUCUCUGAUUAUCACAGUGUAUCUCUGAUAUCACCAUGUAUCUAUGAUUAUCACAGCGUAUCUCCGGUUAUCACAAUGUAUCUCUGAUUAUCACAAUGUAUCCCCGAUUAUCACAAUGUAUCUCCGAUUAUCAUAAUGUAUCUCUGAUUAUCAACAAUGUAUCUCUGAUUAUCACAGCGUAUCUAAGGUUAUCACAAUGAAUCGCUGAUUAUCACAAUGUAUCUCCGAUUAUCACAAUGUAUCUCUGAUUAUCACGAUGUAUCUCUGAUUAUCACAAUGUAUCGCUGAUUAUCAGCAUGUAUCUCCGAUUAUCAACGUAUAUAUUUUUUUACUUCCACUCUCCAGCAAGUGAACGCGCACAAUGGUCUUGACCGACGAGUCGCCGAUGUUGAGAGAAACAUCGGCACGCACAUCAGGACGUCCAUUGAAGGCAUCAGUGGCAGGCUACGGACCCUUGAAAGACGUG